AUGAAUCGAACAAAAGAAAAAAUUCAUCAUCCAAUUCAAUCAUCAAAAAUCAUUAAAAUGUUAAUAAAUCAAGAAAUUUUAUUGGAAAUAUCCAAUGGACAAUCAAUUAAAGAAGGUGUCAUGUUUUAUAAAUUCAAUGAAUCUGGUUACAAACAACGAUGGUUUAGGCUAUGUUCAAAUAUAUUAUUUGUAUAUCAUACGGAUAUGAAUCCAACGAAUCAUCAUCAUCAUCAUGGCCAGAAUCGUAUGAUGAAACCAUCAUUUGCAUUUUUAAUGGAAAAUUUCCAUAUUCACAUUGAUUCUAAUAUGCCGAAUAAAUUUUCAUUUUAUUUUCUAGCCGAACCAGAUGUAAAUUAUUGUUUCUUUUGUCUAAAUAGCCGUCAAACAAACGAAUGGUUAGAAUUAUUGAAACAAUUAUCAUAUCGUAAACAACGUGUUUAUUUAAAUCAACUACGUUUACAAUUGAAAACAAUCACCGGUAUUGAUCCACUUGAAUCGACACCAUGGUCAAAUAAAUCAUGAUUGAUUGGUUUUAAUUUCAAAGCAUAAUGUCAAUAUACAAAUAAAAAAAAACUAGCAAAAUGAA